AGUCCGGAGACUCCAGCCACCAGGCUUCACCCCAGCAUGAGCGCCUCUGGGCGGGACAGGGGAACAGAACGAAGGCCUCCGCAGGAGGCACACAGUGUCACCUCCUAGGGGGAUGUAGCAUCAGAACAAGCGUGUCAGCUUUGAGUUAAACGUUUUUAUAGAUUCCACGCACGGAAUCAUCUUGCAUGUUUCUGGAUCUUUUGACCUAGGUUUAGGGAACACUGUGCAUGCCUGACUUUGGGCAAAGGUGAAAAUCUGUGACAGGAAGCUAAGUGACCACUGAAAUAAAAGGGACAGCAGCACAACAGAAAGAGGGCAGAGAAGGCCCUCAGGGAAGAAUCUCGAGCAGCAGCCGGAACCCUAACGAACACCACAGCCCGGAGGAGGCACAAAUGGAAGGAAACGCAGUGGCUCUCACGCUUGGCGCCCGGGGCUCUGGAGAAGUGGACCCGAGCUGUUCUCCAGGAUCCCUUGGGGGAAGAGGUACGCCUGCCUUCCGUUUUCAUUCAAGUUUUGAGAAAAGGUAUAACGACGUCAGACCAAGGAAAGGCUCAUUUCUGAAUGUUGAGGAGGAAAGAGGAGGAAACAGAGAACAGUUGGAAGCAAGAGGGGAGGGGCAAGGGGAGUUCCCACCUGCUGGGAGGGGUGACAGGCAGGGCUGCUUCUACUGGAAGCGCAGGCUGAUUUCUAUGAAAACAAAUAAAAUCCGCAUUGCUGUCAAAGGCUCUGUGGUAACCUGCACUGUAGCUUCACAUCGGGAUCAAAACCGUGCAGCCCAGAGGCCCCGGAGUCGAACCAGGAACCCGGAGGUUGGCAUAGGACAGAAAGUCCCAGGAGCCUAGGAGCUGUCACCAGGGUCUCCAGGUUCAGCGUGGAGGAAGGGAUCGUACACCGCGGACUCGGGGGAGUUGGCAGGAAAGUGCAGACAGGCCUGUUCACAGGUGCUGUGAGGACACGCAGGCCCCGCCCUGAGUGGCUGCCACGCUGGGGACAAGUCGGGACAGCAGCUGCACAACCUCUCGGGGGAAUCACACGGAGUCGGGAGGAGCCACCGCUGGGGGCCGGCCGGGGACGUGGCACCGUGACCGUAAAGGCUCUGCUGAGGGAGGCGUGAGGCGUCCUUCUUGGCCAGUCCCCGAGGGGAGGGCGCAGCGGGCCGUCGGCCGUCGCCUUGACUUCCCGGCAGAGGGCCGGGGACACGGAACACCGGGCAAAAGGGCCUUAGGCGAACGGCCGCCGGCCUCGCGGGGCCAGCUGCACAGCUGGGCACUGUGACGGCUCCACGCACUUCACAGCGCCCUCCCGCUCCUGCCCAGCGGUCGGAAGGGAACUCGUGACAGACGGCGACGCACGUCGAGCGUCAUUAUAUUUAACACCCCUGAAUACCGCGAGACGUGGACCCGGGACUGGGCUUGGAGAUAUCGCGAGUUAACUGGGCACACCCUCCUUCUUCCGACCAACAGGUCUCGCGAUAAAUGCAGAUCUCGCGAGAGACGACGCCGGAAGCCCUCCGUGCGGUAGCCGCGCGGGGCGUGGCCGGCCAGACGGCGGUGGUAAGAGUGGGAUUUCCCAGGGACGAUGCCGUCCGCCUUCUCAGUCAGCUCGUUCCCCGUCAGCAUUCCCUCCGUGAUCACGGAAGCCUGGCCCUGCAGGAGCUGUCGCUGCUGAAUGUCUCACGAUGUGUCCCACAGCAGACAGAUUGGACGGAGCCGUGGCUCCUGGGGCUGGUCGCCUUCCACGUGCUCUGCCUGCUGCUCACCUGUUUCUCGUCGCAGAGGUGUGAGCUGCAGGUCGGGCAUUUCCUGUGCCUGGAUUUCAGCACAGGAGCUACAGGAACGUGGAGAAGGAACAGGGCGCGGAGUGAUGAGAAAGGUCACAGGGAGCGGAGUCCCCGCACGGGGUCAGGCGAGGCGAGGAGCAGCCCUGUGGCAGGUGACUCUGGUCUACUGUGCCGAGUACAUCAACGAAGUGGCCGCCAGGAACUGGAGGCUAUUUGCAAAGUACCAGUAUUUUGACUCCAGGGGGAUGUUCAUUUCGCUCGUGUUUUCGGCGCCGUUGCUGCUCAACGCC